CUUCAAUCUCUGGAGUUAAACUCAACCAAACUUCACUCCGUUGUUUUCUUGAACAUACCGCAGAACCUUCUCAAACCGUGCAGGGUGUAUUCACAGGUAGUAGUGUUGUCAUGCAGGUUUCUCGAUGCCAGGUUGUUUUGGGUUAGCAAUCAUUAAUGUUUCUAGCUGGAGCUGAAAGAAAAAAAAACACACACCCUCACGCUGGGGCGCAGUCUGACUCUGGCCUCAACAACGCCACAGUUUGGUGUAGACUUUCAAGAUGGAUGCUGUCCCCCUCGAUAGGUUUCUGUUUCUUUUUCGAAACUGGCUGCUCACGCUUAGCUGGCAUUUGUAAGAGGACUGAGGAGAUUUUUUAUUGAACUGGACUUACUAUAAAUCAGACGAAAACCGUGGAUUUAAGUGGAUGUUUUUGUUUCUACACGUUUGGACUGUCGAUCUGGUGUUUUAACUUCCUGGUUGUCGUAUGACUGUGUCUGGUGAGACUAAGCGGCGACAUAUCAAGUUACUUUCAACGGCUUAUUGAAGACAAGAUUCGUGGGAUUUAAUUACACCGACAUGUCUGAAACAAGGGACAAUUCUUUCCAACGAAGGGCAAAGGGAGAAAGACUGAUUUCAUAAGUGUUCAGCAAUGGAAAGUGGGAAUGGUGGUGCCUCGAGCAAAGGUGUUUUAGUGCCUGUGCCAGAAUCUUCGGAUGCAUUUCACAACAGUAUUCUGGCCCCACUUAAAAGUGCUUACUUGUACGAAGAGUCGAAACUGUCCUUUAAAUACAACUCUGCUUUCCUGGUGAAGAAUCCAGCACUAGAGAAAAAGUAUAAUGCCUUCAGAGCAAAAAGAAAAGCAGCAGGAUACUCAGAAGAGGAUCUGAAGGAGUCGUAUGGGUUUUUGCUAUUUGAUGAUGUCAGCAAGGCGAACACUCUUGGAGAAAGUGGCGUGCUAACUGGAAACAGCUCAUGCACAACUCUUGGAAAUCCCUCAAAUGGUAUUUACAUAUCAAUGUACUCUGACUGUUUGGAUCUCAAUCGCUGGUAUCAUGGGAAAUCUGGAUACAUUGCCAUCAUCAGACUGACAAAGGGGAGAGUUAAAAAUGUUUCAGAAAACUACACCCAGGAUUUCACUGCACCCACUACAGGGUUUGACUGUCACGUGUCAGAUCAGCUGCCAUCUGUAUCUGACAAAACCAGCUCCUUUCUUGCAUUUGAAAGAACCCAGUAUUACAUGUACGAGUUGCUAGAUGAUGGAAGCAACGAGACGGCUCAAUCUCCCAGUGCUGCCUGCCCUUACGCUGUUGUAUCAUUUUCAUAUACGGAUACCAAAGCAGCACACGUAGCACCACAGGAGAACAGUGAGGAGAAAAAACUGGUAUGUCAUUACAUUAUGUGGAGGGGUCAGCUUCAGAUUUGUGACCAGUUCUAUGACGUAAGGCUGAGGUCUACGUCAGGGGCCUCGCUACCUGCAAAACUGCCACCAGUGGUGAAAGCUGACCGAGCCAUUUCCAUGUUGACUCUGAGACAGAUGCUGCCGAGAGCUGUCUUUGAAACCUGCCACUCUGUUUUUCUGGAUGAACUAUGGUGCAGUCAUUGUGAGUUUGUUUCUUCUGAAGUCGAAGAAACCAACUCACUUUCUCACCUUUUGUUUGAGAUCAAGAAAACAGAUGUUGCUCUUACUGUUCCCCUGAAUGAUGGUGGUUUUCUCUUCUUGGUGCACUCCUCUCAUUUUCUCAUGUAUGAUGAUACUGGGUCCUGUGUACCUGAGGUUCUGCAAGGCGUGUUUGUGUUUCCUGACUCACGAGUUAUAUCAAGAGACACAAAAUGUGGACACAGAAAGCCUGCCAUGUCAUCUGAAAUCCUCCGGGUUCUACCUGUGCUAAGUUAUGCAGAGGGUGAAGCUGAGAAAACACCCAUCGAUCCAAGUGAAGAACUGAGUGAAGUAUUGGCACAGCAUAUGCAGAGCUACGCAGCACUGAUAAAUCCUGGGCUGGAUAUAAUUCCCUCUAGGGAAGUCAGCAUCUUUGCAGAUCAGUAUGAUGUUCCAGAUGCCCACAAGCACCUCUACACUUCUCCAGAGUGGACUAAUAGGGCAUGGCAGAGCUUGAAAUCAUACCUGAGCAAACCGGUAUCUUUUCAAUUACCUCUGGCUAAGGCGUCAGAAAUCCUGAUGGUUGGACAAGAAAACCGAAUGGAGGACCUCGAAGACGAUAUUUAUAUUUGUCUGUCGUCACCAGAGGAGGCACCAGCCAACGAUGCUGGUAUUUGCUCAGAGGACCAGUUGGCAGGACAGACAUCUUCUGUAAAUGUUGAGACAUCUGUGGACAGUUUGGUGACAAGUGUUGAAGCCCCCCUUGACUUAAGUAAUGCUUCUCAAAAUGUUGCACCCUGUGAUGUGCAAGCCGGGGGUUCUGACAAAGACACUGAAACAUCUGAACUGGGUGCAGGGAUAAAAACUGAUGUCAAAAGGACAAAAAAUCUUAUUCCUUCUACAUCAGAUGAACUUCCUGCAGAAUUGAUUGUCAGCAUCACUUCAGCAGAGCGAACUGAUGAAAAUGUGAUCAGAAAUGAGUCUGCAACCAAGCACAAUGGUACACAGAUUUCCGAUUUUUCAACAGCCAAAUCAAAUGCGGCUAGAGUGAACCCACUGAAUGAUGAGGCCGACAAAACAACAAAGGUUUUGGAUUCCUCUGAACUCAACAAUCUCACAAAAACAAAACAGAGGAAAGUACGCAGGGGUCCUUUCAAACGUCCCCAAAAGGUAUCUAAUGGUUGCGUUGAGACUGACAAUUUGCCAACGGUAAAAACACCCGUGGAGAACGACAACUUCAAGAGUCAGGAGGAUAACCUGGCCAAAGAACCUGAAGACCACCAACAGUUGAGCAAUCCUCCCGUUGCUGAUUGGAGGAAAGUACGAAGGAGAAAGCGCAUAUUUGGAAAACUAUCACCAAGGAGUAAAAAAAUGAAACCUUGUACUCCUGGUGUAACAGUUUCAGAGGAGGAAAAGGCGGACCCUGAGCAGCAGACUUCAGAAAGCACCAUUUUAAUAGAAAUGGAGGCUUUACCUCUGAGAAGGAAAACUGAACGCUGGGACUUGAAGCCUGUUGUGAGCACAUGUGGAAGAAUAUUGGUUCCUCAUGGAUCUGCAGAUGUUGCUGAUAAAAUUAAGUCUUUACAGGAUGAACUUCAAUCUACAACAAAUGACAAGUGCCAUGAAAAAAUGUUGGUUGUUGCUUCAAUGGAAGCUAAGGACACUGUUGAAAUAGACCAUGAGUUAAACGGUGUCCCAGAGACAGCAGGAGACGAAAGAGAGAAAGACGAAGACAAAGAAAACCCUCAUGGCCAUGUUUCCCCUGAACACAGCAUUUCUGGGCUGUUCGAUGCAAGCAACGAUUCAUCAAAUGUGAAUCCAGAGAGCAGUGAGCAAUCUACAAAGAUUGAAGUCACAGACACUUCUUCCUCUCAAGCAGUUCAAGAAAAGCACAGUGAUACCCUCCCUUCCGUAAAGUGUUCGACAAAGGGGGAAUUCCUCUUGAGCAAACUGAAGUCAGUUCUAUUAAGAGGAAAGAGAAAGAUCGAUCUCCUUGGAUCAGAACAAACAGCUGGAGCUACUGCCCAAGACACCGAGUCGUGUCUCGAGCUGAGCAAAGUGGACUCAGAAACCAGUAUUCUGAAGAGCAACGACACAAUCACCAGUGUUGAAGAUGCCAAUUUGGGUUACAAUGAAGUCUCAAGGAUGCUCUCAGUUGACCCUAUUUUUGCCUUUGCCUUAGGCCUAACCCCUAUAGGGAUACCAAAAAUGGCACAAAAAACUGAUAGUCUGUCGACUGAACAAAGGAAAGACUUAUCACAGACACAAGAACAAACAGUGUUCGACAAGCAACCUCAAAUCAUACUGAGGCCACCAUCCAUUUUUCCAAGAAGGGGUAGGAUUAAAACCCUCAAAAAGCACCAAGACGUCUCUGCAGAAAAUGUCAAAAAGAAAUGGUGGUUACAUUUUCAAACCCCAGCCUCUUAUGCAAGUGACAAACUCAAUAACAAACAGUAUGAUAAGAAUAAUUCUGUCAGGAAGACUGUUAAGGAAAAAUUGAGCAGCUCUUGUCCAUCAACCGAUGCUUUGACCUUACUUGCUGACUUGGCUCUCAGUGCCAGUCAUGACCAGGUUCCAACUCAACCAGACCCAGCACUUGGGAGGCAACCUGAGACAAGUUUGAAGAAGGUUGACCUUGUAAAAGAUGUUACCAGUGUUGAUCAAGAGUCAGUUCUCCAUGCCCUUCUUAGACAGCCUGCUGUUAGACCCAUUCAGCCUGUCGAGUCUCCCUCACCAAGCCAUCUUGUGGGGGGCAGUGAAUUGGUUGAUUUGGUAUCUAAAGAACAUGCUUACUCAUUGCCCCCAUCUUCCUCUCUACCGUUGGGUUUGCCAGGUACACCCUUCCAGGUAUCCCCUUUAAGUGGUUCUACUGGACUGCUGCACCAUCAAAAGACAAUGUAUGACGAUGGAAGUAGACCACAGCACCCCUCUGUUCUGAAAGAUGGAGGUGAACAUAACUUUGGGACUUCAGAGUUCCUGAAAAAAAACAUUGUGCACAGAAGAAAGUUCAGACACUCCCGUACCUUUGUCAGCAAGGAUGGAUCCAUCCAAGUCACAAAGCAAUGGGAAGAAAACUACGAUUUCAAUCAAGACAGCAAGUUUGCAAGUGACCCAAAGGAUAAAGCCAUCAUCCGAGCCUUGCACGGGCCAUGGGAUCAGUCUCUGCAAGACACCAGUGAAGAGGUGCGGCUCAUCGUUCACAUGUGGAUAGGUCUGUUCUACAGCCGGUCAACAGCCAGGUUCUUUCAUAUCGACCCUGACGUAACACCUGACGUAACACACCCAUGUUCAGAAGAGAGUGGUUCUUUGGAAAUGUCCAGUGCAGUGGUAUCAAGCUCAGAUCAGUCUGAGCUCAAGGCCAUAUCAGAUGAACCUCUCCCAAAUGUGACUGACGCCUCAGACCCUUCAACUGUCAAAGCAUUAGACCUCAGCAAAAAAGAUGACUCAGCCUCAGACCAUGGAUCUUCGAUUUUGGAUUUGUCCCUGAAAAACCCUAUUGCAGAGGUCGUCACAUCAGAUCUUCAGGUCAAUAAAAAAGUGACCCAUGUGUCUCGUGAACGGAAAGAAGCAAGUAACCCAUUGAACACCCAGCCAUCCAAGAGACCACAAGAGGCAAGCCCAUUUCAGGUUUGUAGAGAGAUAGUGUUGUCCACACAGGCCAUAAAUGGUAUGAAUCAUCUCAGAGGCCCCUUCACGGGAUUUUAUACCCCUUUGCAAUUUCAGCUGACUAGUGUGUCAUCGUUUAAGGAUGUAGCACUAAUUCCUGUUCAGAACGCAAAUAAAAGCGUACCCAUUCUGCCAGGAAACUUCCAGACUGCAGGGAUUGCAUUAAUGUUACAAGGAUGUGACAAAGUUAGGACGGAUAUGAAACAUGGCAUGGGAAAUUCAAAGGCUAUAGAGAUUGGUUCAGUUCAACCACAUGGCAGGGUCUCAUCCGAAUCCAUGGCGGAUGACUUGAAAAAAGAAGCUGUGACUCAUACAGACCAACAUGAUGACAUUGAAGCCAAACCUGGGAAAAACCUGCAAGUAAGCAAAAAGUCUCACCAAGAAGAGGAUCAAAAAUUGUAUCCAAAACCAAUCCAGACAGGUGGUGAUGCAACAAACAAAGAAUUGGAAAUAGCCUGUAAUGGAAAUCCAAAUGAAAAUGAGAAGCAGUUAGUUAGUGAGGAACACAUGGAAGUCUCACAAGGCAAGGCUGCAAGCGUAAAAGAAGAUGGGAAUUUGUGCUCGUUCAAUGAAAGUAACAUCAAAGAUGAGCCCUCUGGGAAAAAAGACGGACUUGGUGAGAAAGACACUUGUGUUUCAGCGGUGAAUGCUAAGACUGACGUAAGCAAUCAACCAUCAUCUAUGAAGUGUGACGAUCGAAACUCGGUGAAGAGGGAUAGCAUCACCAAGUGUGUAAAAGAAGAUGGGAUUUUGUGCACGUUUAAUGAAAGCAACAUCAAAGAUGAUCUCUCUGGGAAAGAAGGCGGACUUGGUGAGAAAGACACUUGUGUUUCAACAGUGAAUGCUAAGAGUGACGUGAGCAAUCAACCAUCAUCUAUGAAGUGUGACGAUCGAAACUCGGUGAAGAGGGAUAGCAUCCCCAAGUGUGUAAAAGAAGAUGGGAUUUUGUGCACGUUUAAUGAAAGCAACAUCAAAGAUGAUCCCUCUGGGAAAGAAGGCGGACUUGGUGAGAAAGACACUUGUGUUUCAACAGUGAAUGCUAAGAGUGACGUAAGCAAUCAACCAUCAUCUAUGAAGUCUGAUGAUCGAAACUUGGUGAAGAUGGAUAGCAUCCCCAAGUGUGACGGCCAAGCAAACUCGGAUGUGCAACCACCUCAAGCAGACAAAAAAGAAGAAGCCGCUGGUGAUUUGCAGUCCAGUGAGAUGUGUGCAAAUGGUAGUGUUUUGACUGCUGAACAUGCCAUCACAGAAAAAGCUCCUCCCACUCCACCAAAAAUGGAGGUUGAUUUAAGUAAACCAGCAGUUGAGGAAGAUGAGUCUGUACCCGAGACAAAUGACAGCAUUGAAACUGGAAGCAAAAACAAAGUAGAGGCAAGCUUCAAUAAUGGAAGUGAUGGUCAUGGAAACUGUGAUACCAAAUCAGUCAUAGGAGAACACAUGGCUGAUAACCAAACUCAGACAGAACUCUUAACUAAUCAGUCUCAUUCAUCUCAGAGAGAGACAAUUGAGCCUGAAACUGAAAAAGCAGAAACCAAAGAAACAGACCUCAUUAGUGGUGAAACUAACAAGGGAUUGGGAGAAAGUCACAGUAGAAUUAUAAUUCCAUUCAUUGGAAUAGACAUCUCCAGAGAGGAUAUACUACAACCCCAUGACUCACAUUCACAGGGCAAUGUUGACAAAUCUGUCCAAAGUCAGGCGGGAAAAGUCUUGAUCAGUGAAACUACCCUCCCUGAAACAGUAAAACCCUCUGAUGUAUCCAGUGCAGCUCAGUUACACAGUAAAAAGGCAGAACUGUCUUCAGGCAAAUCACCUCUACUUGGAAUCCCUGAUAUCAACCCGCUGUGGGCCUCAGGAAGUGAGUCUGAUGACAGGUGCCCUACCCCAACCAUGGAUGAAAAACCAUACCGUAGUGGUGGCAAAAGCAGCAAAAAUGUGACUCCAAAAUGCGUCAGGAGAAGCUCAGUAACUGCAAAGGAGGAGAAGCCUGUUGAACAAAAACCUAGUCUGAUGUCUGCAGUCAAUGGUGAUCUUGACACCCAUCAUGGUCUUCACCCUGAUCUUGAAGCAAGAACUUUAAGAGUUCUCCAAAGUAUAGACAAGUUCCUCUCCAAAUCAAACUCCAUUAACAAACCCGGUCAGAUUAAAACAGCUGACAUGAAACAAAAACCCCAAACCUCAAACCCCAACAGUAAGUACAUCCUUACUUCCUGCUUGAAAGACUUCAAGGACCAGAAAAUGGGCAAUAAAAAGUCAGCAGCAGUGUCAGCUCCUACCUCACAAGAGCUGCAAACAGAAGCAUCAGGAAACUUUCUUAUAUUGCCAUACAAGAAUAAAAUGGAGGAAGUACUUGGGGUUGGGUUGCAGCAUACGCACACAGACACAUCAGUUCAUCAACGUUAUUUUGAAAGAACAGAGAGAUCCCGGCAAACUUCCUCAGGGCAUGACAUUUGUUAUCCCCAUCAAUCCCAUCCUUCUACUGGGUGUUUGGUAGCCAUGGACCCAACUACUGACCAAGACAGACAUGCAACAUCACAGGCGAAUUUAAGUCACGAUCCACAUCCAUUUAGUCAACGUCCUGUCAUGGCAGUCAAACCAUCAAAGAGUGAAGAAAGUCAAGCAGAUUGCCUCUCAAACAACAGACUGAGUGAAAACUCUAUGUUGUCAAAUUUUCCCCCAAACAAGCAGACUAAAACAUCUUUAGUUCCUUUCGCUUCACCAACGACAAAGCUUUUGGAGAACAAGACACAAUGUUUCAAGAUCAAUUCUGAAGGACUAGAUUACCGAACACAAGAGACAUGCGAGCGUCUUCCCAAGAGCAGCUGGAUGUCACAUGACAGUGAGUCUAAUAAAGCUACAUUUGCAUAUCAAGAUCCUUUGUGUCAGUACCAAGGGAGAGACUUCUCAAAAUUCAACAAGGUUUCAGCAUCAUCUCUACCAGUGCAGACUUUUGUUUCUGCUAAAAUGGGACCUCAACUUGUUGAUUUAAAACAAGCUGUAAUGAAUAGUUCAGCAGAGAAAGUUGGUCAAACUGCUAAAGAGAGUCUUGAGAUAGAUCAGAGAAACUGCUCUUCCACAUCAUCUUCACUUGUUGAUUACAAAGACGACGACAUGGAUGACAGCCUCUACCUGGGACCUGACAGCUCUCUCUCAUGCACAGUCUACAACACCAGAGGGAAGAGAUCUUACUCGCUUCUGGAACAACUUUCUCAAAGGUGCAUACAAGAUGAUCCAACUGAGGCAUCAAUGGAACAGGAGUGCCUUAUCUUCUCAGAGAAAAUGAAACAGCUUCUGAAAAGGACUAAAAUGGGGCUUGAUCACCAACUGGAUGCACAUGGCAAAUCAAAUCUGUCUUGCCCCAGCCCUGUGUCUGUACACUUUUCAGGUCUUGAGGAACAGGAUGUUACAGUGGAUCACUUAGACGGCCUAUCAGUUUUUGGACAAAAAAUCAAGGUCGACAUGUCUGACAGGAAAGACUUAGAAGACCUCACAGAGAAGAGACAGACUCUGAAUUCUAAAAAGUCCUGUAAAGGUGCAGGCACACCGAUUGAACAUGCUGGAGUUUCUGCUUUGACUGCUGAGUGUGCCGAGCUGUAUGAGGCAACAAUGAACAACGUUUGUGCCGUCAGGGAUGUUCCAUCUAAACCCAAGCUCUUCAAAAUGGAUAGAGGUUACCCGAAGGCCGAACCAAGUAAAUAUUUUGACUUCUGCGAUCAGAUGAAGAGAGAGAUGGAUGAGAGUUUCCGCAGUAGUCUGAAUUCAGUUGUGAAGAAAUCCUGUAAAACUAAGUACAGAUUCUACAUCCUGGAGACGUCAGAUGAUGCCUUCUUUGAGGAAACCAAGGCACAGUUGAAGGCAGAGGGUCACACUGCUGUCCAGCCAUCAGAGUUCUUCUUCAGUGAUGGUAGUCCUUCUCUACUCAUCAUCCUCAGGAAUGAAGACAUUUCAGAGCACAUUUGCGAGGUCCCACAUUUGCUUGAGCUGAAGAAGUGCCCUGGAGUGCAGUUUGCUGGGAUUGAUGAAUCAGACGAUGUUGUGAAUCUUACCCAUCAGGAGCUCUUCACAAGAGGCGGUUUUAUAAUGCUCGACAGAGCAGCACUGGAGCCCCUAAGUCUCUGUGACUUGAAAAAAAUGUCAGAAAUCCUGCAAGAGCUGUGCAAAACAGGGAAGUGGAAGUGGAUGUUGCACUACAGAGACAGCCGUCGGUUAAAAGAAAAUGCAAGGUUGAGUGCUGAGGCAAAAGAGAAGCAGAACUUCCUAAACUGGUGCCAAGAAGCUGGAAUAUUGGAGGUGUUGCCUUACCAUGAGUGUGACCUCAUGUCCAGAGAUCUGCCUGAUUAUCUCACAUGUUUGGUUCGCUUGCAGGUCCAGAAUAUAACGGCGCGUUUCACUGUUUUUAUAACCGAUGCUACAGCAGACAGCGCCGAGUUCGACAGUAAUGGAAUAAUAACGAUGACUUUCAGCUCUUUCCUGACGUACUCUCCAAGUGAAGCCUUUUCGGUUUGAGCUAAAGUUGGAUGGACAAAAGUGACAAUGUAUGCAUUCAAUUGAGCAAAAAUGAAAAAACUCAGUGGGUGUGAGGAGAAACCAGGGUUAACCUCCAGUGAUAUCAAUAAUAAUGCAUUAAAUCAGUUUGGGGGGAGUACAUGGGUUAAGCUCUCUUGUACUGAUCAUCAGUUCUUUACUAAAUGUUUUACAUGUUUUUUGUUGUUGAUUGUUAAUUUGUAUACUAAGUUAUCUUUCAGUUCAUACGUAACUAAUGUCAGUAUGCAGGCAGGUGUACUGUUUAUACUUUGUGUAUUUUGUAUUGUAUUUUUAUAGAAAAUGAUAUUGUAAACUUGUUAAAAAGUGAUUUUUACAAAUGUGUAAAUGUUGUCAUUUUGCUUAAAGUCGACUUGAUUUAUGUGCAGCUCAAUCAUUUUUUGUGUUUGUUUGAUAACGUUUGUGGUCAAAAGGCUGUUGACAGAGGUUUGUUUUGGUUUAUGUAUGUAAAAAUUAUUUUAGUACAGUGUCCAAGCCUUGCAACAAAGCUUACUUCAGCUGUUUUCAAAUUUGACAUAUUUAAAUAUGUUACAGUUCACUUUACCAUGACUGAGAAUAAAGAAUCUUUCACUA